AUGGAUCGAUUACACACCAGUGGAAAUAUCGAGCCUAAGAGGGUUGCCAACAGCCUUGGUCACAAAAGAAAGUGGGUGACUCACGUCGACUUGACUGUCUCAUCGCUACAAGGACUAGUCGUCGCGUUCUGGGACGAAAGAUUGAUUGGUAUACACGCUUUCACUGAAUGUGACGAUCUAUAUCGAGCAUUCCGGGAGCAUAUGGAAUCUCUGCGACGUGCUCUACCUCCCAGUACCUACUUUCAGCCAUCUUCAGGAAAGCACCCUCUUCCGGUCCGCAGGUUCUUCUUUCCGAUGAAAAAUACGGAAAGAAUACGGGGAAUUUGGAUUCGUGGUUACGGAUCAUUUCCCGAGCCGUACAUAUUCAAAGAGCUCGAGAUUCAAACUACCAAAGACAGGUUCCACAACUUUGGUUAUUGCUCACCUUCAUUAUCAUACUCUCUCACAGGGAGCGAGGAUGGCAAACUUACUGGGAUCACAUAUGGUCGCGAGUCCCCCACCACACGUGGAGUUUCCCACAUGGCAGUGUUCUGUGAUACAUGGGGCCCAGCAACAAGCAACCCACGCCCUGACCCUGGAUACCAACGUGAUCAUGAUAAAUUUUCUCUGGGAAAUCUCAUUGGCAUUCAGGUCUCCUUUGCUGGUUCGAGUCGUGCAGCCGCCAUGGGAUUACUUCUUCAUUAUGGAAAUGGUGAUAUCGAGGUUUUGGGUGAGAUCCACUGGCAUGAACCAAUGUCUGCCCUGAUCCACAAUCCCAUCAGGUAUUGCAAGGAUGGAAGCCCUGGUUAUCAUUUCCAAUCAUACAAUGAAUGCACUGCAACUUCAGAGUGGAAGGUUUGGCCUCUGACAGGCACGUCAUCCAAGUUCCCACGUUUGGAGCAGAAUUCUGUUGAGGCAUGGAACCCAGAGUUGACAUACUCCUGGGUAAGAUGA